ACAACAAAGAACGUGUUCCUUGAUGUCAAAGGAUUUCCUGGGUCAGUAAUAGCAACAGCCACCACCCCAAGGAAAAUGACAAACAAGAAGUUCAGCCUUCCAGCAAAAUUAAUUAAUGGAGGUAUAGCUGGCCUUGUGGGAGUAACUUGUGUGUUCCCCAUUGAUUUGGCCAAAACCCGUCUCCAGAAUCAGCAAGGACGAGCUGUCUACACAGGCAUGCAGGAUUGUUUGGUGAAGACAAUACGCUCAGAAGGGUUCUUUGGCAUUUAUAGAGGGGCUGCUGUAAACCUCACUCUUGUCACUCCUGAAAAGGCGAUCAAGUUGGCAGCCAAUGAUUUCUUCCGACAGUUGCUCUCCGUGGAUGGAAAAGAAUUGUCCUUGGCCAGGGAAAUGCUGGCUGGCUGCGGAGCUGGGACAUGCCAGGUGGUGGUCACAUCCCCGAUGGAAAUGUUGAAAAUUCAGCUACAGGAUGCUGGGCGGCUAGCUGCUCAUCAGCAGAAGGCUCUAGGGUUGGAGGGUACAGCUGCUGCCUCUUCUCAUCUGCCACAAGGACAGCCUUACACCACUGGAACUGAAGUGGCCCCUAAACGAUCUUCUGCCACUAGGAUUGCAAGUGAACUGCUGCGCUCCCAGGGUAUAGCAGGCCUAUAUAAAGGGCUUGGGGCCACCCUACUCAGGGAUGUCCCUUUUUCCGUCAUUUAUUUUCCACUCUUUGCCAACCUUAACAAAUUGGGACAAAAGACCUCUGAAGAAAAAGCAUCUUUCUUUCAUUCGUUUCUGUCUGGCUGCAUGGCGGGAUCUCUGGCUGCAGUUGCGGUAACACCAUUAGAUGUUCUGAAAACUCGCAUCCAAACUCUGCAGAAAGGACUGGGAGAAGAUACCUACAAUGGAAUCAUUGAUUGUGCCAGGAAGAUCUGGAUUCAUGAGGGUCCUUCCGCUUUUAUGAAAGGAGCAGGAUGUCGUGCAUUGGUGAUAGCUCCCCUCUUUGGCAUAGCCCAAGGAGUCUAUUUCAUUGGCAUUGGAGAAUGGAUCAUGCGCUUUUUCCAAUAACACCCUCUUGCAAUUGAAGGAGACUCUGGAUUAAAUUUGCACAAAUUCCAAACUGUCACUUGAAAACCAACAGAACCUUCUUGUGAGCAUUUUUGUGGAUCAUAAACCACCAUCCAGGAAGAUGGCCUAGAAGAAAUACCAAUCCCAGUGUUCACCAUUGCUUCUUUUUCUAUUCAGCAGAUGACUUUCAGCAAGCUAGACUACAGAUGUUCUAAAUACACAUAUUCUGGGUAAAUCUUCAUUGGAUUAAUUACAUCUGAUAGAGAAUUCUUUGGCUGAAGGCAUAUUUGAAAACUAUAGUAUUUGUAAAAACAACUGAAGUAAUAACCAACACAAUACAAGUAGUUUUCAAGUUACGACCACAGUGGGGCCUGCCCAGUACAGUUGCAAAUGGUGACAGCUGUUAAGUGAGAUGCCCUCGCUUAACAACUCCCACAAUCUGCUUGCCUUGAUGUGGCCAUUAAAUGAAUGCGUGAGUCGUUAAGCUGAGCAGGGGCUAUCUCGGGUGGGGGAGACCCAAUGCGAGCCCAGGCCCACCUGUCUUAGGCUUCCCAAGCCUCCCACCUGAGGCAUCCCAUGCUUUGCUUCCUGCUUCUUGGGAUCCCUGCAGGCCUUAGCCUGCUUCUCACCCAGCCACUCACCUAAAGGGACCUAAGAUGGCUACCGACACGCAGGGGCUGGGAGGCCUUGUAAUCCAAGGCCUUCUUUUCACUCAGCCACCCAAGGAACUUGCAGGACUCUGCCUGCUACUCAGCCAGCUCCAGGGCCCAGCAGUACCCAAGAUACCUGUUUUUUUUGCAGAGGCAGCCCGGCUGACAUGAUACGAGGAUCAGCUUUCCUAUAGAAGCUGUCUCGAGGCAACCUUGUGCUACAGUAUUCUGCAAGCAGGCACUAUUGUCGCAAACCUACAGGGGCUCCAUUUUUAAAGGGGCUCCACAAGCAGCCUCCAAAAUUAGACCCUCUGUGAAAAAAUGGAGCCCGCUACAGGCUUGAGACAAUAGUACCUGCUUUCAGAAAAGCACAAGGUUGCCUCUAUGGUAUUUUUCUUAGAUUUCUCCAAGGAUGCAAAUAGGCCAGGGACGUCAAACUCGUCAUAUCACGUGAU